ACUAACAUAAUCCUAGACUAGUCUUUCCAUCAAUAAACAGAAUAUCCUGCCAGUAAUGCAGUGUUCUCUUCUUUUGGAUGUCUGAAGACUUAGAAAGAUCUACACUGCUGUUUUAUCAUUGACUGUUAAAAAUCUGAGAAGCUCCUCCAGCAUUCUUGAUGAAGAAGUUGAAGUCUAACGGAAUGGAGUAUAAUAACUCCGCUUAUGAUUCCACUCUGGAUGACCUUCCAGUCUAUGAGGAAGCCAGUGGGGAGCACCGGACUGUCCGGCCCUCAGCAAUCAGUGCCUUUGGUCAUGACACUUUAGACCGACUGCCCAGCAUUGACUUCUAUCGAAAUGCAGGCAGUUUGAGUGGUCACCGGGCUGUGCGACCAUCCCUGCAGGAGCUUCACGAUGUGUUUCAGAAGAACGGAGCGAUCUCUGUGCCAGACACACUCCAGGACGAUGGAGAAAAGAGCGAUGGGGUCCCUUCCGAAGACCUGGAGUCUGCUAUGCCCAGUGAAGACAUAGGACUAAUAAAGUUUGGCUGGAUAAGGGGUGUCCUGGUGAGAUGUAUGCUAAACAUCUGGGGUGUCAUGCUGUUCAUCCGUCUGUCCUGGGUUUUUGGUCAGGCUGGCUGGGGCCUGGGAAUUGUGGUAAUUUGUCUCAGCUGUGUGGUCACCACCAUCACAGGCCUUUCCAUGUCAGCCAUAUGUACAAAUGGUGUUGUUAGAGGAGGAGGAGCUUACUAUUUGAUAUCUCGCAGUUUGGGACCAGAGUUUGGCGGGUCAAUUGGGCUCAUUUUUGCCUUUGCCAAUGCAGUGGCUGUGGCCAUGUAUGUGGUGGGUUUUGCUGAGACAGUGGUCGACUUGCUGAAGGAACAUGCCACCCUCAUGGUGGAUGAAAUAAAUGAUAUCAGAAUCAUCGGAUGCAUUACGGUGGUGCUGCUCUUGGGCAUAUCAGUAGCUGGAAUGGAGUGGGAGGCAAAGGCACAGAUUGUUCUACUGGUUAUUCUGCUGGUGGCCAUAGUGAAUAUGUUUGUUGGAACAGCCAUUCCUGCAACUAAGGAUAAAAAAUCCAAAGGCUUUUUUAGUUAUGACUCAAAAGUCUUCGCGGAGAAUUUUACGCCAGAUUUUAGGGAUGGUGAGACAUUUUUCUCAGUGUUUGCCAUCUUUUUCCCUGCGGCUACGGGAAUCCUGGCUGGAGCCAACAUCUCUGGAGACUUACGGGACCCCCAAGCUGCCAUCCCUAAAGGUACCCUGUUGGCCAUCCUGAUCACUGGGGUCACCUACCUCGGUGUGGCUCUCUGUGUCUCGGCUACGGUUGUCCGGGAUGCCACAGGAAACUUAACUGAUCUCAUUACUCCAGGAAUCCCAUGUAAUGAAUCAGCAGUAGCUGCCUGUCAGUUGGGUUAUAAUUUUUCUUCCUGCAUCACAGAAGGAGGUUGCAAGUUUGGCUUAAUGAACAAUUUCCAGGUGAUGACCAUGGUGUCUGGGUUUGGUCCCCUCAUCAUUGCAGGAACAUUCUCAGCCACUCUCUCAUCGGCCCUGGCCUCCCUUGUUAGUGCUCCUAAAGUCUUCCAGGCACUGUGUAAAGACAACAUCUACAAAGCCCUGUACUUCUUUGCCAAAGGACACGGCAAGAACAACGAGCCAAUCCGUGGCUAUGUCCUCACAUUCAUUAUUUCUGUGGCCUUCAUUCUCAUCGGUAAUCUCAACACCAUUGCGCCUAUCAUCUCAAACUUCUUCCUUGCAUCAUAUGCUCUCAUCAAUUUUUCCUGUUUCCAUGCAUCCUAUGCAAAGUCUCCAGGUUGGAGACCAGCUUAUAAAUACUACAACAUGUGGCUAUCUCUGCUGGGUGCUCUGCUCUGCUGUGUUGUUAUGUUUGUUAUCAACUGGUGGGCUGCUCUGCUCACGUACGGGAUUGAAAUCCUCCUCUAUGUGUAUGUCACAGUCAAGAAGCCCGAUGUGAACUGGGGUUCGUCCACACAGGCGGUGACAUUUGUGAGCUCAGUCAGCAAUGCUCUAUCUCUCGCAGGUGUAGAGGAUCAUGUCAAGAACUUCAGACCUCAGAUCUUAGCUCUAACAGGGGCAGUGCGGUCCAGACCAGCCCUCUUAGACCUGGCUCACUCCUUCACAAAAAACUAUGGACUCUGCCUCACUUGUGAAGUUUUUGAGGGCCCCAGGUCAGAGGUCUUUCAAGAGAUAAAUGCUGCGAUGGAGAUAAACCAACAAUGGCUCGUGAAGACCAAACGCAAGGCCUUUUAUGCUGCUGUGGCCUGUGAGAAAUUCAGAGAAGGGACUGUGAGCCUGUUGCAGGCUUCUGGUCUUGGCCGUAUGAAGCCAAACACAAUAAUGAUAGGUUUCAAAAGAAACUGGAAGACAGCAAGCACAGAUGAAGUGCAGACUUAUGUGGGAAUACUACACGAUGCCUUUGACUUUGAGUAUGGCACAGUGAUGCUGAGGAUGAAUGAGGGCCUGGAUGUGUCGCAUAUUGUUGAGGCAGAAGAUGAGAUGCUGAAGGCAGCGAAGGAACAGCAGGCUUUGGAUAAUGAGAUGAUGAACGGAGAGAAAGCAAAAGGACUUUUCAGGAAGUCCAGGAAUUCAUCUCAGCAAGUCCUCACAACACGAGUGUCAGUGUGCAGUCCUCCAUCUCCGCAGGUUGCCAAGAUGAAUGAGAAGCUGGUGGAGGCCAGUUCUCAGUUUAAGAAGAAACAGCCUAAAGGCACUAUUGAUGUGUGGUGGUUAUUUGAUGAUGGAGGUCUUACCCUUCUGCUUCCCUACAUCCUCACCACCAGGAAGAAGUGGAAAGACUCCAAAUUAAGAAUCUUCAUUGCAGGACAGCCUGGACGCAGUGAGCUGGAUAAAGAGGAGAUGAAGUCUUUGCUGCAUAAAUUCAGAAUUAAAUGCAGUGACAUUAAUGUCAUUGAUGACAUCCACAUCAAAGCACGCUCUGACAGCUUGAAAAAGUUAGAUGACAUGAUUGAGCCUUUCCGUCUACAUGAGGGGUCUAAAGACUUUGAUCAGGCUGAAGCCAUGAAGAAAGUGUAUCCUUGGAAAAUCACUGAUGAAGAGCUGAGCAGCUUCGAGGAGAAGACCAACCUCCAAGUACGACUCAAUGAGCUCCUUCAGGAAAACUCCAAGUCAGCCAACCUAGUCAUUGUGAGCAUGCCUAUCGCUCGUAAGGAAUCAGUUUCUGAUUUCCUGUACAUGGCCUGGCUGGAUGCUUUGACCAAAGACCUUCCACCCACUCUGCUCAUCAGAGGCAACCACAAGAGUGUGCUUACUUUCUACUCAUGAGCACCUUGCACACAAAAGUACUAAGCCACAUUUAUAAAGUGUACAAGAACAUGGAUAAUAUUCAGUCUUCCAGACCAAACAUUAUUAUUCUGAUUGGCAAAUUAAUAAAAGAAAAAUAGAAGAAACAUAAAAAGUAACAAAGAGAAAACAAACACAAAAGUCUUCCAGUUGCACACUUGACAUUAAUGUGAUAUUUUAAUUUCAAUCUCAGUUAAAUCCUUAAAUAUUUUACAAUUAACCUUGCUUUAUUUCUCGGUCUGGUUUGGACUGUUUCAUGAAGACUUUUUGGAAAUUUGUGUGGUUACGUUCAACAUUACUUGUAUUGUGUAGCGUUGCAGCGAGCUUGCCAACAGGAAAAUCUUCUUUAGGAAGACUACACUGUAUGGCUACCAUGGAAAACUGUUCUGCUGCAUCCAGACUUCUCUAUCAAUGCUGUCAGUCAGGGAUAAGACUAAUCUAUGUGAGAUCGGCUCAGUGAACAGAGGCAGGAACACAGACGGUGGCACAAGGCUGCUGCAGGGGUUAUACUGACUGACUGUGACUGUAAGAUAAAUGUAUAUAAGAUUCUGAAGUGGAUUUUUUAAACAAAAGAAAAGUUUCAUAAAUCAUCAAUAGCAAGAUAUUGGCUAUUACUAUCAGUUCUUUGUAAACUAUGGCAAUAAUGCUUUGAUUUUUUUAACAAUCUUGAUAUUCACUGAGUGAACUAAACUGCCGUAAUGCAUUCGUUUACCUGGUCCACAUUAUGGUUCUUCAGUGUUUUAAUGUUACUAUCACAGUGCACGUCUUUGUUUAAGGGGAAUAGAGUGGAAAAAUAUUGUAAAAACAAUUCUGUAUAUUUCAGAUAAGUUUAUCUCUUCCUAUUUAAAUGAAUA